AUGAUCAGCAGACUACUUCUAAGCCUAGUGAUAAUGCAAAGUAUUCUUGCAAGAAUCGAUAUGGAAGACAUAAAGACAGUCAGUGAGACUUUUGUUGGCGAGAAGCAGGAUGUGGUUAUUAACCCAAGAGGCCCAUUGAAU